CAUGACAUUAAGCUUUUUUGACCAAUUUAUGAGCCCCACAUACCUGGGAAUCCCCUUAAUUGCUAUUGCGCUCAGCUUACCCUGAAUUUUCUACCCUAAGCCCACCCCCCGUUGACUAAACAACCGCCUCAUUACACUCCAGGGAUGAUUUAUUAACCGUUUUACCCAACAAAUCUUUCAACCCCUAAGCUUAGGGGGCCAUAAAUGAGCCGCCCUUCUCGCCUCCCUCAUACUCUUUCUCAUUACCUUAAACAUACUUGGACUUCUCCCCUACACCUUUACCCCUACAACACAACUCUCCCUUAACAUAGCCUUUGCCGUCCCCCUCUGACUUGCAACAGUCAUUAUUGGCAUGCGAAACCAACCCACCCAUGCCCUAGGACACUUAUUACCAGAAGGUACCCCUACCCUCCUAAUUCCCGUCCUAAUUAUUAUCGAGACAAUCAGCCUGUUUAUCCGCCCCCUUGCACUUGGGGUUCGGUUAACCGCAAACCUCACGGCUGGCCACCUUUUAAUUCAGCUCAUUGCCACCGCUGCUUUCGUCCUACUUCCCCUUAUACCUACAGUAGCAAUUCUUACCGCAGUAUUGCUAUUUCUCCUAACCCUUCUAGAAGUGGCAGUAGCCAUGAUUCAAGCCUAUGUCUUUGUUCUUCUCUUAAGCCUUUAUCUACAAGAAAACGUUUAAUGGCCCAUCAAGUACACGCAUAUCACAUAGUUGACCCCAGCCCAUGACCCCUAACAGGCGCAGUAGGCGCCCUUCUCCUGACAUCCGGCUUAGCAAUCUGAAUGCACUUCCAUGAUAUGACCCUAUUGGCCCUAGGCCUAAUUCUGCUCCUCCUAACUAUAUAUCAAUGAUGGCGAGAUAUCAUCCGAGAGGGAACAUUCCAAGGACACCACACCCCUCCUGUCCAAAAAGGCCUCCGGUACGGAAUAAUCCUCUUUAUUACCUCAGAAGUUUUCUUCUUCCUAGGCUUCUUCUGGGCCUUCUAUCACGCCAGCCUUGCCCCCACCCCUGAACUAGGAGGCUGCUGACCCCCCACAGGAAUUACCCCUCUAGACCCCUUCGAAGUACCACUACUUAACACAGCCGUCCUCCUAGCCUCAGGAGUAACAGUUACCUGAGCACACCACAGCAUCAUAGAAGGACAUCGAAAAGAAGCAAUCCAGUCCCUCGCCCUAACCAUUCUCCUAGGCUUCUAUUUCACCUUCCUUCAAGCCAUAGAGUACUACGAAGCCCCCUUUACAAUUGCAGACGGAGUAUAUGGCUCCACCUUCUUCGUAGCAACUGGUUUCCAUGGACUUCACGUAAUCAUUGGCUCUACCUUCUUGGCCAUCUGCCUUCUACGACAAGUCCUAUAUCAUUUUACAUCCGACCACCACUUUGGCUUUGAAGCAGCUGCCUGAUACUGACAUUUCGUAGACGUUGUUUGACUAUUCCUAUACAUCUCAAUUUACUGAUGAGGCUCAUA